AUGGGGAGAAUAAAAAGCGAUUUAGGCUAUAUAUAUGCUCUCUACAGCCCAGUACCAGAUGAUUUGGAAAACAAGGAUUCUAGAAUUCCAAAAUGUACCAUACAAAUAAUUUUUAAAAUGAGCUUUAUUCAUACAAAUGUAGAGACCUUUUCGUUAGGCACACUCAACGUUAUGGUCAAAAAUUUUAUGAUUGAGCUAUUUAUCAUCAUUUUUAUAAAAAAUUUAAAAGACUCAAAUAGUAUAUUAAUUUCAAGAAAGGAAGGCUCAAUUAACCCUUCCAAAUACCAAUGUUACGUAUCAAGCCCUUACACCUAUAUCGCACCUUACUCGAACCCUCGUAAAAAUUCUUGUAAAUUAUUUUCAAGAAACGCCUUAAAUGGAGAUUUCGGAGUGGAAUAUGAUACAAAAAAGUUGGAUUCCACAAAAACUUAUCAACUAGAGUGUGUUGUUCAGGAAUUUGGCCCAGUAAAUGUCGAUAAUCAUGGUAUAAAACAAACUUAUGACCGGGAAGGUGCUCAAAUAAGGAAAACAAAAACAAAGUUUGAGAACACGGACCCUAAAAAGGCUUACUCUUUAUCGGAUAUUGAUAUUGGACUCAUAAACAAUGUUGAUUGUAACAGAAUACUUGACGUUAAAUCAAUAUUUGAAGACGCGUUUCGAGAUGAAUCUUCUGAAACAUAUGGUUCGUAUAAGGAAAAGCUACUAAAGCUACUUGCCAGUGAGUUGGAUGGCAGCGGAUACAAUAACUCACUUGACCUGCUCUACAAUAGGUGGAAAACAAUGGAUAAUGUAGCUAUGUCAAGAGGGUAUAGAGUUUUGUUCAAUGAUCACUGGGUAAACAGGGAGUUCAACAGGCUGGUUCAGACCCUAGUUCGAAUCAUGCCAAGCAGAUUCGUCACUGACAUAUACUCCUUUGAAAUAGGAAUGAGGGCAAUAAAUAGAGCUUAUGUCGAUGGCUGGGUACUAUCGCUGGUACUUAUAUCAGUAAUGAAGUCAUUUGGAGUUGAAUACCUCAAAAGAGUGUCUGUGUUCAGAGACUUUGGCAAGGCUACACUUGAUGAAAUGGGCGGGUUCAAGAAUGCAAAAACCAGGUUUAAGAGGAACCUGGGAUACGAAUUUCACGACACGAACAAGGAAAGGUCAGAGCGCAUGGAUUCAGUGUACAACCAUGCCAUGUACUCGUGCUUCCACUCGAGGAAGUUUGUGACCCUAAUGUCACUGUUUUUAGAAAAGUUGGGAAUGAACGAUUCAAUAAAUGGCGAACUCGACCCAAAUUAUGAGUUACAUUUAAAUGAAGAUGAUAAAAGACAGCUGAAAGAGUUCUUAGAAAAACGCGAGAAUCGACUUGGGAGUGGAUUUGAUGAGCUGAUAGCAGAUUCACUAUCGCUGAUGUCAAGCACCGAUUUGUCAUACGACUUUGAGGUUAUUCAGAAUCACACUGUUUCACUAAAGUCGCUGGAGCCUACACAAAUGAAAGGGUCCGAUUGGUCAAUAUAUUUGAUACUGAAGCACUCUCUGAGUAACAUAUUCUCAACCAAUGAGAUUAUAGUUGCAAACGGAGACGCAACCGGUGAAACUUUGACCAAGUUUGGAAAGAACGACUCUAAGCUGAGCAGUAUACUACAACGAAGAACAAACCUGGAUAACAUAGUCAGUUAUUUGGAGGAGCUUUUCAUUUUUAUUUCAAAACUAACCUUUUUCUGUAAAAAUAGGCCCCGAUCCGAUGGAGAAAACUUGUUGGAAUCAACCAUUAACUACAUAAGGGGAUUUGAGGCAUCUGGGCGCCUACUAGGGGUUAGUUUCCAAAACGUAAUCAGUGACGCUUAG